CAUUGCAACAAAUGUCCAGAUGAUCAGAAUUCCAAUGUACACAGAGAUCAGUGUGUCCCCAAGAUUAUACAUUUCUUGUCCUAUGAAGAACCUCUGGGGAUGAUCCUGGCUUCUUUUGCCCUGCUUUUGUCCCUCAUUGCUGGUUUUCUUUUGGGAAUCUUCAUUAAAUACUUUGACACACCAAUAGUCAAGGCCAACAACCGGGACCUCACCUACUUGCUCCUCGUCUCCCUCCUGCUCUCCUUCUUGUCCUCCUUCUUAUUCAUCGGUCGGCCCCAGAAGUGGACCUGCCUUCUCCGACAAACUGCCUUCAGCAUCAUCUUCUCCGUGGCCGUGUCUUCCCUGUUGGCAAAGACCAUCACUGUGGUGGUGGCGUUUAUGGCCACAAAGCCAGGGAGCCAGAUGAGGAAAUGGUUGGGCAAGAGCUUGGCCAACUCCCUUGUCUUGUCUUUUUCCAGUGUCCAAGGGGGCAUCUGCAUGGUCUGGCUGGGAAUGUCUCCCCCCUUCCCAGACUCCGACAUGCACUCCCAGCCUGGGCAGAUCAUUCUGCAAUGUAACGAAGGCUCUGUUGCCAUGUUUUAUUCUGCCCUUGGCUACAUGGGCUUUCUGGCGGCCAUCUGCUUCACGGUGGCUUUCCUAGCCAGGAAGCUGCCUGGGGCCUUCAACGAAGCCCAGCUGAUCACCUUCAGCAUGCUGGUGUUUUGCAGUGUUUGGGUGUCCUUUGUGCCAGCCUACCUGAGCACCAAGGGGAAAUAUAUGGUAGCCGUGCAGGUCUUCUCUAUCUUGGCCUCCAGUUCAGGGUUACUGGGUUGCAUCUUUAUCCCCAAGUGCUACAUUCUUGUCCUGAGGCCAGAUCUGAAUAAAAAGGAACAUCUGAUGGCAUAA